CUUCUCCAACACAACACUCCGCUACUCUACAGUGCAAUCGCAGACACUUGUCACGGUGUUUGCAAUCAAAACUGUUCGACCCGCCCUUCGAUCUUUCCCACCAAGCCAGCACCCCUUUCCUCUGGAGCCUGAGCGCUCCACCCUCUAUUCAAUAUGGGCGGAGCGCUGUCCAUGUUCAGCAAGCUCAUCUGGACUAAGAAAGAGAUCCGCAUCUUGAUUCUCGGCCUGGACAAUGCUGGCAAAACUACACUCCUAUAUCGACUCAAAAUCGGCGAAGUAGUGACCACGAUACCCACCAUCGGUUUCAACGUCGAAUCGGUGACGUACAAAAACCUCAACUUCAAUGUCUGGGACUUGGGCGGGCAGACGAGCAUAAGGCCGUACUGGAGGUGUUACUACAGCAACACAGCGGCGGUUGUUUUUGUGAUCGACAGCUGUGACACAGAAAGAUUAGGUACAGCGGGCGAGGAGUUGAGGGCCAUGUUGGACGAGGAGGAGCUGAGGGAUGCGAGUUUGUUAGUGUUUGCGAACAAGCAGGACAGCCCUGGGGCCAAAGGCGCUGGUGAGAUCAGCGAAGUGCUACGACUUGGAGAGUUGAAAGAUAGGAAUUGGAGCAUAAUGGCUUGUUCUGCGGUGACAGGAGCGGGCGUGAACGAGGGUAUGGAUUGGUUGGUGCAAACGGUCGGAGAAAACGCGUGAGGCACUAGAGACGAGAAGUAAAAGCUAGGGUAAUUUGGCAAGCUAGGACAUCUGCAUAGACUUGCAUAGCAUGGCGUUGUGGUGCACAGGAACUGGGCGGGCAAGCAUUGUCGAAUAGACGUGCGGACAAAGACGGCAGCACUUUAGUCAGGUUUCAUCGGUAUCGAGCGACUUCUCAGCUCACAGUCGCCCCUUGAAAGCGGUGGACGUGUUCGACAAGCAGAGGAAACUUGUCAGAAGGCAGCAUUGACUGCCUGCUACUGACCACGAAGAAGAAAGACACUGACAUGGCAUAGGACACGGGGUCGCUUACUUCAGAUUCGGUUGCCAUUACGAGAGAAGCCAUACGCCUGCCACCACGCGACGCCUACUUGCGAUGUUCGGGUCCUAGAACUCGACACUCUUGAGAGCUCGCUCGUUCUCAGACUUCCAGUAAGACCAGUCCUAUAAAACCUGAAGCCGGUUCCGCUUCAGCCAAUUUCCCAAUAUUCCACGCGCGUGGG